CUCAGCCAGAGGAGCCAGUCUCCAGGUUCUGAUUAUUGUGACAAUAAUCAGAAAGUGGGUGGGUUGAGUGAGCUCAUGAAUAUGGAGGCACUCCCUCCUCAGCUGAACUUGUGAAGCCAGCCUGCAGCUCUCAGACUCCAGUCUGUGCGCUCCGCUCCGCUGCCGCAUGGCUCCUGCGUAAAGAAGAAAACAAAAAAAAAAAGAAAAGAAAAAACUUUCUCCUGCAACAAGUGGAGGCUGACAAAGAAGAGCUAAGGGUUCACCCUGUCCGGGAACAGUUGUUUUUGGGCUUUAACCGCUGAUUUAAGCGCUCCUCCACUCGUGCAUGUUGAAAGCAGAGGAGCGCUCUGGUGCCGAGUGUCGGCCGGACUUCUCCUAACCAACGAGGCGCAACAAGCAGCGAUGAUUUUGAGACGGAGCGCGGCGCUCGCUGCCCUUUUCCUGCUCUUCUGCUCUCUUCUCAAGGUGUCGGACGGGUCGGGACAAUUCGAGAUCGAGGUCUUAUCGAUGCACAACGCCAACGGGGAGCUGCAGAGCGGCGCGUGUUGCGACGGCGCGCGGAGCGGCGCGGACGCCAAGUGCGCACGGGACGAGUGCGAUACGUUUUUUAAAGUUUGCCUGAAGGAAUACCAGUCCAGGGUCUCCGCCGCGGGGCCCUGCAGCUUCGGAAUGGGAUCUACGCCCGUCCUCGGGGGGAAUACGUUUUCUUUCAGGAGCGCUGUCAGGAACGACAAGUCCCGGAUAGUUUUGCCCUUCAGCUUUGCCUGGCCGAGGUCCUACACUUUGAUCGUGGAGGCCUGGGAUUUCAACAAUGAAACGAGCGGCGCGGACGGGAAGCUGAUAGAGAAGUCCUCUCACUCGGGCAUGAUCAACCCCAGUCCGCAGUGGCAGAAGCUGAGCUGCAACGGCCGGGUCGCCCAGUUCGAGUACCAGAUCCGGGUCACCUGCGACGAGCACUACUACGGCUUCGGCUGCAACAAGUUCUGUCGGCCCCGUGACGAGUUCUUCGGCCAUUACACGUGUGACUUCAACGGAAACAAAACCUGCCURGAGGGCUGGUCUGGACCUGACUGCAACACCGCGAUCUGUCGACAAGGCUGCAACGCUGAUCACGGGUCCUGUAAGGAGCCGGGCGGAUGCAACUGUCUGUACGGCUGGCAGGGCCAGUACUGCGACAAGUGCAUCCCCCACCCCGGCUGUGUUCAUGGCACCUGCGUGGAGCCGUGGCAGUGCCUGUGUGAAACCAACUGGGGUGGCCAUCUUUGCAACAAAGAUCUGAACUACUGCGGCACUCACCAGCCAUGCCUGAAUGGAGGGACAUGCAUCAACACAGGACCUGACAAGUAUCAGUGUAUCUGUGCUGAGGGCUAUUCUGGAACUACCUGUCAGAGAGCGGAACAUGCCUGCCUGUCCAAUCCGUGCUCGAACGGAGGGAGCUGCUCAGAAACCAGUCAGGGUUACGAGUGUCAGUGUGCACCGGGAUGGAGUGGCCCCUCCUGCACUAUCAACGUCGACGACUGCUCCUCGAACCCCUGCAAUCACGGGGGUACCUGCCAGGACCUGGUGAAUGGCUACAAGUGCCACUGUCCCUCCCAGUGGAUGGGGAAAACUUGUCUGAUAGACGCCAACGAAUGCGACAGCAAGCCCUGCGUCAACGCCAACUCCUGCCGCAACCUGAUUGGAGGAUACUUCUGUGAAUGCCUGCCCGGUUGGUCGGGGCAGAACUGUGAGAUCAAUGUAAACGACUGCAAGGAUCAGUGCCAGAACGGGGGGACUUGCAAGGACUUGGUAAACGGCUACCGCUGCGCGUGUCUGCCCGGGUUCGUGGGCGAGCACUGCGAGCGGGACGUGGACGAGUGCGCCAGCUCGCCSUGCCUGAAYGGCGGCCGCUGUCAGGACGAGGUGAACGGCUUCCAGUGCCUGUGUCUGACCGGCUUCUCGGGGAAUCUCUGCCAGCUGGAUAUCGAUUACUGCUCGCCCAACCCGUGUCAAAACGGAGCGCCCUGCUUCAACCUGGCCACGGACUACUACUGCGCCUGCCCCGAGGACUACGAGGGCAAAAACUGCUCCCACCUGAAAGACCACUGCCGCACCACCGCAUGUAAAGUGAUUGACAGCUGCACGGUCGUCGUGGCGUCCAACAGCACGCCGGGAGGAGAGCGCUACAUCUCGUCAAAUGUGUGCGGACCCCACGGCCGCUGUCGGAGCCAGGCCGGCGGCCAGUUCAGCUGCGAGUGCCAGGAGGGCUUCAGGGGCACGUACUGCCACGAGAAUAUCAAUGACUGCGAGAGCAACCCGUGCCGCAACGGAGGCACCUGCAUCGAUAAAGUCAGCGUGUACCAGUGCAUCUGCGGUGACGGCUGGGAGGGGGACCACUGCGAGAUCAACAUCGACGACUGCAGCACCAACCCCUGUCAUAACGGAGGGACGUGUCGAGACCUGGUGUCUGAUUUCUUCUGCGAGUGCAAAAACGGCUGGAAAGGAAAAACCUGCCACUCACGUGAAAGUCAAUGUGACGAAGCCACGUGCAACAAUGGAGGCACCUGCCACGAUGAGGGCGACACAUUCCAGUGCAAGUGUUCCCCGGGGUGGAAGGGCACGACGUGCAACAUCGCCAAAAACUCAAGCUGCCUUCCCAACCCCUGUGAGAACGGAGGUACCUGCGUGGUGAAGGGGGAGUCRUUCACCUGCGUCUGCAAGGAAGGCUGGGAGGGUCCUACGUGCACGCAGAAUACCAACGACUGCAGUCCCCACCCUUGCUACAACAGUGGGACCUGCGUUGACGGGGACAACUGGUACCGUUGUGAGUGCGCCCCAGGCUUCGCCGGUCCAGACUGUCGAAUCAAUAUCAACGAGUGCCAGUCCUCUCCGUGCGCGUCGGGCUCCACCUGCGUGGACGAGAUCAACGGAUACCGAUGCCUCUGUCCUGCAGACCGAACUGGACCCCACUGUCAAGAAGAGACAAGAAAGCACUGCUCCGUUAACGGACACGUGACCCUGGAUGGAGCCACGUGGGAGGAGGACUGCAACACCUGCCACUGCUCCAACGGGAAGGUUGUGUGCACGAAGAUGUGGUGCGGCCCCAGGUCGUGCAAACUCAGCGCCAAGGGUCGAGGCGGGUGUCCGCUGGGCCAGAGCUGCGUGCCUCUCAGAGAGGGCCACUGCUUCGUGAAGCCGUGCGUGGAGCUCGGGGAGUGCUGGCGCCCCAACUCUCCCCAGCCUCCUAUCAAAUGCCACCCCAGCUCCUCUUACCAGGACAGCAGCUGCGCCAACAUCACCUUCACCCUGAAGAAGGAGACCAUGCCUCAGGGCCUGACUGUGGAAGGAGUGUGCAAGCAGCUGAGGCGUUUGCAUAUCGUCAAGAAUCUUUCCUUGGAGCAUUCCAUGUCCAUAACCUGUGACCCGUCGUUCUCAGCGAGCAACGAGAUCCACGUCUGCAUCUCUGCAGAAGAUCAUCGCUUGGACCGCCGUCCCGUUAAAGAGAUCAUCGAUCGAAUAAUCGACUUGGUCAGCAAACGGAACGGGAACAACACCAUCAUCUCCGCCAUCGCUGAAGUGCGGGUGCCGAAACCGAACGAAACUGACUUCCUGGUGCCGCUCCUCAGCUCCGUCUUCAUCGUCAUCUGGGCGCUCGUGCUGGUCUUCGUCCUGCUGUGGUGCGUGCGGCGGCGGCGGCGGAAGCAGAGCGGCCACGGCGGGCCGUCGCCGACGGGCUCCGAGGACAACACGACCAACAACGUGCGGGAGCAGCUCAACCAGAUCAAGAACCCCAUCGAGAAGCACGUGGGCCUCACGGUGGCCAUCAAAGACUUCGAGAGCAAGAACUCGAUCACGGCCAAAAUAAGGACGAAUCACUCCGAGGGGGACGAGAACGACAAGGAGAGGCACCUGCAGAAGGGCCGCUUCGCCAAACAGCCAGCAUACACACUGGUGGAGAGGGACGAGAAGGCACCCGUCUCCAACCCCACGUCCAAGCACCCGAACUGGACUAACAAACAGGACAACAGAGACUUGGAGACAGCAAACAGCAUAAACAGGAUGGACUACAUCGUAUAGCAGACGGCUGUGUUGCUGUGCAACCGAGCGUUAUUCCUGCACACCCAGGUGGUGGGUGAAACCGGGGAGCUUUGGCACGCGGAGCUUGCGCUCGUGCCACUCGCGACCCCACAGUAUUUUUCAGAUUUUCCCCGUGUUAAUUUAAGUCUUGACAAGCUGGCUUACACUGGCAGUGAUGGUUGCUUUGGUUGGCUGGAAAAAAAAAACAAAAAAACAACAAAAACACAAGGCACUGGUCUACAUUUCACAGUAGAACGACUUGCAGAAGUGUCCUCCUGUGCAUUUCCUCUUUUUUUUCCUUCAUAUUUGGACAAAUGGAAGGGGCUUAUGGUGUUAUUGUUGUAGAGUGACUCGAACUACUCGACGUGUUCAACACUAGAGCUAAUUGUUUUUGGUUUUUUAGCGCGUUCCUUCUAGUUCUGUUUUGAGAAAAGUGCCUUUUUUCAGCUUUAGACUUCAGCAACUGUCAAAUAAGAAUAAAAAAAUCCACUUUAUUAUUUAUUUUAUUUUUACGGGGAGGGGAGGGAGGAGAGGGGGUUCGAUGUCAGCAGCAGCUGCUGCCAAAAUGAAGAAUUUAUGUGACAAUUUAGAACAUGUAGAUAUGUACAUUUUUUAUUAAUCAUUGUGUAUAUUUGAUUUAUUAACUUAAUAAUCAAGAGCCUUAAAAUAUCAUUCCUUUUUAUUUAUGUUCUGUCUAGUUUUGAAGGUUCUGAUAGCUGCAGAAACCGACCAUUUUUCAAAAAAAAAAUUUUUUUUUUCAGCGAUUUCAACUUUAAAGCCAAAUUUCCAAGAAUUUCAGAAAAAAAGUUGGGCACUUUGGGCUUGAAACAAAAACAAACUUUUUUUUUGUUUCGCUUUUCAUUUUGACAUUUCAUUACUUGUUGCCAGGACCUUUAAUUGAAGGCAGGUGAGGUGAGGACAACAAAAGAAACAUGGCCGCUGCGAGGUUUGGACACGAUGGCAGACAUAUUGCUUGCCACCGACCGGUUUCUACUUACAGGAACAAAAACUCAGCUGAUUCAGUUUGACACAUUUCAACAUCACAAACCAGAAUUCCCAUCUGCUUUAGUCAGCGUAAUAUCAUAAGCUUAGACCUCGAGUACUUGAAGAGUGGGGGGGAGGGCAAUGGGAACACUGUGGAACCGGAUAAAACACUGCCUUGCUCUGCGACUCUUUGUUUCUGUGCACAUUUUCCCUUUUUUUUUUUUAAACGAGGCUCUUUAAAGACGAACAAGUUUUCUCAUUUGUUAACCCCAUGGCAACAUUUUGUCCCCCCUUUUUUUUUUCUUGUGUUUAUGAACUUGAGAAUUAUGUGUUGAUCUGGCAAUAUAUUUUUUGAAAGUCAUAUUUAUUAAAUAUUUUGUAUGAAAAGAGAAUUAAAGUCGCCUUUGUUCUGGAUGA